GCUGAAGUUUCUUGUUGCAAAAGACAGAUAGCUCGGACCAAAAGUAAAAGCUGAAAAGGCCAAAAUCUAAUCGGGGAAGUCUCUGAUUUGAGGAUUUGGAAUUACUAAACAUUUGCAAUGUCUUCAUCGCAUCUCCCAGCAACCACUGAUUCAAUUGCUCAGGCCCUAGAAGCCAAAACACCAUCCGAAGCCAUCUCAAUCCUUUACCGUGUAUUAGAAAAUCCUUCAUCUUCUCCUGAUGCUUUGCGGAUUAAAGAGCAGGCCAUAACAAACCUGUCAGAUCUUCUCAGACAAGAGAACCGAGCAGAGGAGCUCAGAAGUCUUCUGACCCAAUUGAGGCCCUUUUUUGCAUUAAUUCCGAAGGCAAAAACUGCCAAAAUUGUACGUGGUAUAAUUGAUGAUGUGGCUAAAAUACCUGGAACAUCAGAUCUCCAGAUUUCUCUGUGCAAAGAAGUUGUGCAGUGGACUCAUGCCGAGAAGCGAACUUUCUUACGCCAGCGAGUUGAAGCAAAGCUUGCAGCUCUUUUGAUGGAGAACAAGGAGUACCAAGAAGCACUUAAUCUCCUUUCUGGCCUAAUUAAGGAGGUGAGAAGGUUGGAUGACAAGCUACUUCUAGUGGACAUAGAUUUGUUGGAGAGUAAGCUUCACUUCUCUCUUCGUAACCUGCCAAAAGCCAAGGCAUCUCUAACGGCUGCAAGAACAGCGGCAAAUGCAAUUUAUGUCCCUCCAGCUCAACAGGGUAAUAUAGAUUUGCAGAGUGGAAUCCUUCAUGCAGAGGAGAAGGACUACAAAACUGCUUAUAGCUAUUUUUUCGAAGCAUUUGAAGCUUUCAAUGCUCUUGAAGACCCUCGAGCUGUAUUUAGCCUCAAGUAUAUGCUUUUAUGCAAAAUAAUGGUGAGCCAGGCUGAUGAUGUUGCAGGUAUAAUAUCAUCGAAAGCCGGGCUACAAUAUGUGGGGCCAGAACUUGAUGCCAUGAAAGCUGUUGCUGAUGCCCAUGCAAAACGUUCCCUGAAGCUUUUCGAGAUUGCUCUUCGGGAUUUCAAGGCCCAACUAGAGGAAGAUCCUAUUGUUCACAGGCAUCUUUCUUCCUUGUACGACACUCUGUUGGAGCAGAAUCUCUGCAGGUUGAUUGAACCUUUCUCGAGGGUUGAGAUUGCUCAUAUUGCCGAACUCAUUGAACUGCCCGUGGUCCAUGUAGAAAAGAAACUUUCUCAGAUGAUUUUAGAUAAGAAGUUUGCAGGGACUCUGGAUCAGGGUAACGGAUGUCUGAUCAUAUUCGACGAUACCAAGACAGAUGCCAUCUACCCCGCAACAUUGGAAACGAUCUCCAACAUUGGCAAGGUCGUAGAUAGCCUCUAUGUGAGGUCUGCUAAGAUAAUGGCAUAGGGUGUGAGGUCUAGCAACACUUAUAGGUAGUCACUGCUCGCUUUGAACCGAGGUUAGCCAUGGCGACGCACAAGUGCAUGCUAGAUAUUACAUGUUUUAAUGUUUCGGUUUAAUGGUGUAUCGCGACAGAACAUUUUAUUCCAAUAUGUGAGGUUGAUUAAGACUAUCUUGCCAUUUGUCUUGCCUGAUAUUUUGCUAGAACAUGUUCCGUAUUGUAUUUAUUUAAUGUAGCUUUGCUCACUUUAGUAAUUUUUUGGCAAAACUAGUUCUUUUA